GCUAGAAUCGAUUUCUAUGUUAGAGACUGAGUGGAAUUGUUGUUUACAGUAUUUUAAUCUAUUAAGUUACUUGAUGCAAGUUCAUUAAACUGAGGAUUCGUUUGUUUUGAAUUUAAUGAUGGAGAGAAAAGGAUAGAGAGAAGUAACAUUGAAUUUGAGUUAUCUUCCUUGUUAUAGGAUGGUGUUGCCGACAGUCUUGAAGCGGAGGCACACAUUGAAAGGAGUUAAAUUAAUGCCAGUGCUAAAGAAUAUCAGGGGUGGUCAACCCGAGGCACUGAAAGAUUUUGCAAGAAUAGAGUUGCCAGAUAUUGAGAAGCAUGUAAGGGAACUGUCAGGAGAAGAAUUGGAAGACAUAGUGCAGAUGGAUGGGAGGGAGUUGAAUGUUCAAGAAGCCAGAUGGGUGGUACAUUCAUUAAUAUUAUUUGCGAAUGAGGUCGGUCAAAACCACGGGGCAGGAUUUACAAGAUUCUCCUUCUACCAGCUCAGCAGAACCUGUCAAGGAGAAUUUGAAAAGAAAAAGAUAGACAGAAGAGGGGCUAGAGAAACAGAAAGAGAAAAGGUUAAAGUUGUUGGAGAAAUCCUCAAAAGAUCAAGUUGA